GUGAGGACGCACGCGGCAUCACCGUCUCCUAGGAGCGGUCCGGGACACCGGUUUCAAAGUCGCUGGGCGGGCCGUUUGGACUUCCGCUCUGGCCCCGCACCCUGAAGUCGCCACUCCCUCCACGAGGGACCCCACCACCGGGCUGCCCGCCGGCGCCCUCCGCGCUCUGGAAGGUGGCCCGACGCGACCCCGAGUGACCCGUUGGACGCCUGUACCCACCCGCGUCCCGUCCCACCCGGCUGAGAUUCGUGUGAACGCGGGACAGAAUGCACUUGGCGGGUCCCCAGCAAACCUGAAAGCUGAAGUCUCUUUCCCGAGCGAGGAGGGACUCGGCUGGGACUCGGGAGGAGGCGCGGCCCCCGUGGGCGCCGCGGGAGUCGGGUGCAGAUUACAAGGCUGGGCAACGUCCGGAGCGGCGCCCUAGGUUUGUCUUCCCGCACACGAGUCCUGUGUCUUUUUGAGGAAAGUAACGGUGGUGAAUGCUCCAAACUCAGAUUUCAUCCCAAUGGCCGCAGAAAUGGACCCACUGAGAGAGAAAACUCAAAGACUAAACGAAGUUCUCAGGCAGUGUCAAAUGGAAAAUGUUUCUAAAUAUUCAACAAUGCAGAAAGCUGCCUUCAAAGGAGAGGGAGGUGACAUAUUAGGAAACUCAGUAGUUGACCAAAGUUUUUCAGCACCUCUUAUUACUGAGUAUGAUAAGCAUCUGGAAGAGCUAAAUGGGCAGGUGAAAUAUUAUCAGAAACAAGUGGGUGAGAUGAAACUACAACUUGAAAGUGUCAUCAAGGAAAAUGAAAGGUUGCACAGUGAAUUAAAAGAUGCUGUUGUAAAACAGUUGGAGGCCCUUCCCUUUGGCACAGAGAUGGGAAAUGAUAUAUACAUAGAUGAUGAAACAGUCAGGAAUCUUCAAGAACAGUUACAACUAGCCAAUAAAGAAAAAAAUUAUGUUUUGGAACUCUGGCAGAAUGUUUCUCAGGAGUUGGACAAAGUGAAGAAAAUUUACCAGGAGAAUAAGGCCCAAAUUCAAGUAAUUGAAGGAAGAAAACAAAAGGUCAACACUCAAUCACUGAGCCACACUUACCAGAAUCAGCUGUCCAAUUCUCAUCAACUGAACGAGCAACUUUAUGUUAAUUCUGAGAGCAUAGAAAUGGAUAACCAACACUUGCUGAAAACAGUAACUGAACAAAGUGUGGAAAUCGAGAAACUCCGAAAACAACUUAGGCAAGCCAAGUUAGAUAUGAGAGUUGCAGUUGCAAAAGUGGAACAGUUAACUAAAGUGACUGAAGAUUUUCAAGGAGAGAUGCAGAAGAAGGAGGAGGAUAUGGUGUCUUCCCAAAGAAGAGAGGACGCAUCAGAUAGGCGUUUACAGCAGUUGCAAUCUAGUAUAAAACAAUUAGAAACAAGAUUAUGUGUGACAGUCCAAGAAGCCACCCAAUUAAGAGCAGAUAAAACGCAUUUGGAAAAACAGACCAGAGAGUUACAAGCAAAGUACAAUGAAUUAGAAAAUGAGAGAUAUGAAGCUGUUGUAACCGCCAGAAAUAGCAUGCAACUCUUAGAAGAAGCUAACCUGCAAAAAAACCAGGCUCUGCUUGAGGAGAAGCAAAAAGAAGAAGAUAUAGAGAAAAUAAAAAAAUCAUUUUCUCAGUUAAUGCAAGAGGCUGCCACAAGAGCCAAGAAGGAAAUUUUCAAUACAAGAAAACAAUAUCAUGUACAGAUUUCUCAACUAACAGAAGAACUGUCAGUCCUUCAGAUGGAGUGUGCCGAAAAACAAGGUCAAAUUGAACGAGUCAUUAAGGAGAAAAAAGCAGUGGAAGAAGAACUAGAAAAGGUUUACCGUGAAGGCAAAGUAAACGAAAACCAUUACAGAAAACUGGAAGAAAUGCACCAAAGAUGCCUGGUUGCAGAGUGUUCAAAAGAUGAUCUUCAGCUAAGACUUAAGACAGCAGAAAAUAAACUGAAACAACUUGAAAUAAAUUCCUCAGAAGAGAUAUCACGUUGCCAAGAAAUGAUUCAGAAACUUCAAAAUGCCCUGGAGUCUGAGAGAGAGAACUGUGGCUUCGUCAGUGAACAAAGGCUAAAACUUCAGCAAGAAAAUGAACAGUUACAGAAGGAGACCGAGGAUUUAAGAAAGAUGGCUCUCGAGGCUCAAAAAAAAGCAAAAUUAAAGAUCAGUGCAAUGGAACAUGAAUUUUCUGUAAAAGAGCACGGGUUUGAAGUUCAGCUGAGAGAGAUGGAAGAUAGUAACCGCAACUCCACUGUUGAACUGAGGCAUCUCUUAGCAACGCAGCAGAAAGCAGCCAAUAGGUGGAAAGAAGAAACGAAGAGAGCUACUGAAAGUGCCGAAAUGAGGAUCAGUAACCUGAAGAGUGAGCUGAGUCGGCAGAAACUUCAUACCCAAGAGCUGCUUUCUCAGCUGGAAAUGGCAAAUGAAAAGGUAGCUGAGAGUGAAAAGUUAAUUCUUGAGCAUCAAGAAAAAGCCAACAGACUCCAGAGGCGCCUCAGUCAGGCGGAGCAGAGAGCCGCGUCCGCUUCUCAGCAGCUCAGUGUGGUUACAGUGCAGAGAAGAAAAGCAGCCUCCAUGAUGAACCUGGAAAAUAUCUAAAAAGGCCCGUAGUUCACCCCAGCCUUAGAGGGGAAGCUGCUGCACUAGGAGGUUGAAUGGGAAAGCCUGUCGAGAAGGGCAAAGGCCCUGCCCCUGGCACGCGCAUUUGCCAUUGUUUUGGGGGGUUAUUGGGAAGCAGGACAGUGGCAGCUUCCUGGGAGUAAAGGAAACAUAACCGGCACGGGCUUCAGUGGAGAAUAAAGCAGCUGAGAAGACUCAUUGCCUCCGCCAGUGUGUCUAUUGUCUCCCCUCCACCCCCAUCCUCUGGAAGAGCAUAAUAACUUCUAGGCCGGUGAUGGCGAACCUAUGACACGCGUGUCAGAGGUGACACACGAACUCAU